AUGGGCGUGUCCGAUCGAUCUCUCGGCGGCUCGUCGCCCUCCUGGUCUAGCACCACUCCAGAGUUAGGGUGGCUUGCUAUGAGCAGGUGUGUCAUGGGGUCGGCGGACUUCUGCUACCUGCCCCGCGACUUCGCCUCUGGCAAGAACAUGGGCCACGCGUUCCUCAACCUCGUCUCGAGCGAGGCGGCCGCCGAGUUCCAGAGGGCGUGGCACGGGCGCCCGACGUGCGCGGGCCGCCCGGUCGGCGCGCCUGGGGUCGAAAUCUCCGUGGCCUCCGUGCAGGGCCUGGCCGCCAACAUUGCCCGAUCGGAGAACCCCCGCAUGAGGCGGGUGCGCAAUCCGGAGUACAGGCCGCUCGUCCUGGACUGCGGCGCACUCCACGUAGCGGGCCGCCACUGA